AUGGAUGAGAAACCAUUCGUUUGCAGGAUCUGUGGCAAAGCCUUUACCCGGCUACGUGAAGUACACCAACACGAACGGAUACACACUAAUGAGAAACCCUUUGUUUGUGCAAUCUGUGGUAAAGCUUUUACUGGGAAAAAUGAUCUUCAACAACAUGAGGGGGUUCACACUGGUGAGAAACCAUUCGUUUGUGUGACCUGCGGUAAAGCUUUUGCUCAGAAAAAUAAUCUACAAGCACAUGAGACGGUUCACACUUGUGAAACACCAUUCGUUUGUGUGACCUGCGGUAAAGCUUUUACUGGGAAAAAUGAUCUUCAAGCACAUGAGAGGGUUCACACUGGUGAGAAACCAUUCGUUUGUGUGACCUGCGGUAAAGCUUUUACUCAGCAUACUAGUCUACUGACACACAGGAAGGUUCACACUGGUGAGAAACCAUUCGUUUGUGUGACCUGCGGUAAAGCUUUUACUGGGAAGAAUGAUCUACAAACGCAUGAUUGGGUUCACACUGGUGAGAAACCAUUCGUUUGUGGAAUCUGCGGUAAAGCUUUUACUCAGCGUGCUAGUCUACAGACACAUGAGAAGGUUCACACUGGUGAAAAACGAUUCGUUUGUGUGACCUGCGGUAAAGCUUUUACUUGGAAAAAUAAUCUACAAGCACAUGAGAGGGUUCACACUGGUGAGAAACCAUUCGUUUGUGUGACCUGCGGUAAAGCUUUUACUCAGCAUGCUAGUCUACAGACACACACGAAGGUUCACACUGGUGAGAAACCAUUCGUUUGUGUGACCUGCGGUAAAGCUUUUACUUGGAAAACUAAUCUAAAAGCACAUGAGAGGGUUCACACUGGUGAGAAACCAUUCGUUUGUGGGACCUGCGGUAAAGCUUUUACUCAGAAUGCUAGUCUACAGACACACAAGAAGGUUCACACUGGUGAGAAACCAUUCGUUUGUGUGGCCUGCGGUAAAGCUUUUACUUGGAAGAGUGAUCUACAAACACAUGAGAGGGUUCACACUGUUGAGAAACCAUUCGUUUGUGUGACCUGCGGUAAAGCUUCCAGUCAGCAGGGUAGCCUACACACACACAAGAAGGUUCACACUGGUGAGAAACCAUUCGUUUGUGUGACCUGCGGUAAAGCUUUUACUUGGAAAAAUAAUCUACAAGCACAUGAGAGGGUUCACACUGGUGAGAAACCAUUCGUUUGUGGGACCUGUGGUAAAGCUUUUACUCAGCAUGCUAGUCUACAGACACACAGGAAGGUUCACACUGGUGAGAAACCAUUCGUUUGUGUGACCUGCGGUAAAGCUUUUACUUGCAAAAAUAAUCUACAAGCACAUGAGAGGGUUCACACUGGUGAGAAACCAUUCGUUUGUGGGACCUGUGGUAAAGCUUUUACUCAGCAUGCUGGUCUACAGACACACAGGAAGGUUCACACUGGUGAGAAACCAUUCGUUUGUGUGACCUGCGGUAAAGCUUUCAGUCAGCAGGGUAGCCUACACACACACAAGAGGGUUCACACUGGUGAGAAACCAUUCGUUUGUGUGACCUGCGGUAAAGCUUUCAGUCAGCAGAGUAGUCUACACACACACAAGAAGGUUCACACUGGUGAGAAACCAUUUGUUUGUGAGACUAGCGGUAAAGUUUUUGCCACAACCAAGUCAUGUGAACAUCCGUAGACACGUCUCCAUGAACCAUGCAUUAUUUGAAGAAAAAAUUGCAGGGAUGCCUCGAUCGGUUUCAAUAAUUAUUUCAGCUUGGGUUU